ACCGAUUCCGAGUUUGAGGAUUAGUUUGAUCGUGCCAUGAAAAUCAUCAGAAGUGUCUCGAAGGUUUGCCACCAUCUGAGGGGACAGGUGAAAGGUCCCUAAAGUGUCCAACCACGGGCGGGGGCCUCACCGCGCCCCACUGUGUAGCUACUAUAUAAACAUCUGAACGUCAGUGUUAUGUCACACUAAGUCACCACAAGCAAACAUGGCAUUCAAAUUCGUUAGCUUCGCUGCUCUUUUGGCUGUAGCCCAAGCUGGAGUACCCUUGGCUGCCCCAGCAUACUCCUACUCUAGCAUCUCUUCCCCUGUUGCUCACUACGCACCAGCUGCCUAUGCUGCCCCAGCUAUCGCUAAAGUAUCAUACGCUGCCCCUAUCACCCACACAUACUCCGCACCUGCCAUCUCCUAUGCCGCCCCAGUAGCCAAAUACGCCACAUAUGCUGCCCCAACCUACCAAUACGCAGCCCCAGCCCUUUCUGUUGCCCACACUCCAGUAGCCUACGCCGCCAAGGCUGUGGUUCCCGUAGCCAAGACCAUCGUAGCCGAACCAUCGGCUCCAGCUCACUACGACUUUGGAUACUCCGUAAACGACCCCUCAACUGGAGACAGCAAGACCCAACAAGAAUCUCGCCGUGGUGAUGUUGUCCAAGGAAGCUACUCCCUCAUCGAAGCCGACGGAAGCAAACGUAUCGUAGAAUACACCGCUGAUGAUCACAAUGGAUUCAACGCUGUUGUACACAAAGAACCAGCUGCCGUAGCUGUCAAAACCGCCGUUCCAGUCGUAGCCAAAUACGCCGCCCCCGUAGCUUAUGCUGCCCCAGUUGUCAAGUACGCCGCCCCAGCUUACGCCAAGAUCGCCGCCCCCACCUACUCUUAUGCUGCCGCUCCAGCCAUUACUUUGUUAGGAGAACUGAAUAUUCAUUCCAUCUGGUUCACUUCCACCAUGGCUUUCAAAUUUGUAUCUUUCGCCGCCCUCUUGGCCGUUGCCCGUGCUGGUGUUCCUUUGGGAUACGCCGCAGCUCCAGCUGUAUCCUACUCCAGCCUUUCAGCUCCAGUAGCCCACUACGCAGCAGCCCCAGCUGUUGCCAAGGUUGCAACCUACUCAGCAGCUCCAGCUGUCUCAUACUCAAGCAUCUCAUCACCAGUGGCCCACUACGCAGCAGCCCCCGCUGUUGCCAAGAUUGCAACCUACUCAGCAGCCCCAGCAGUCUCAUACUCAAGCAUCUCAGCUCCAGUAUCCCACUACUCCUACGCUCCAGCUGUAGCUAAAGUUGCCACCUACUCAGCUCCAGUAGCCCACUACUCUUACGCCCCAUCUGUCCAAACCUACUCUGCUCCAGUUGCCCACUCUUACUCCGUAGCUCCAGCUGUCCAGACCUACUCUGCUCCAGUCGCUCACACCUAUGCUGCCGCUCCAGUUGCUUACGCCAAAUACGCUGCCCCUGUAGCCUACUCCACCCCAAUUGCCAAGACCAUCGUUGCCGAACCUGAAGCACCAGCCAACUACGAUUUUGGAUACUCCGUCAAUGACCCCCACACCGGAGACAGCAAAUCCCAACAAGAAUCUCGUCACGGUGAUGCCGUCCAGGGUAGCUACUCCCUCAUUGAAGCUGACGGAAGCAAACGUACUGUCGAAUACACCGCUGAUGCCCACAAUGGAUUCAACGCUGUUGUACACAAAGAACCAGCUGCCGUAGCUGUCAAAACCGCCGUACCAGUCGUAGCCAAAUACGCAACCCCUGUAGCCUAUGCUGCUCCAGUUGCCAAAGUUGCCUAUGCUGCAUCUCCACUCAUCACCAAAACCUACGCUCCAACCCUCUCCUAUGCUGCAGCCCCAGCUACCUACUACCACCAUUCUAUCUGGAUCAUUCACAUCAUGGCAUUCAAAUUCGUAAGUUUCGCCGCUCUGUUGGCCGUUGCCCGUGCCGGAGUUCCCUUAGGAUACGCCGCUGCCCCAGCUGUGUCCUACUCCAGCCUCUCAGCUCCAGUGACUCACUACGCAGCAGCUCCCGCUGUUGCCAAAAUUGCAACCUACUCAGCAGCCCCAGCAGUCUCAUACUCAAGCAUCUCAGCUCCAGUAUCCCACUACUCCUACGCUCCAGCUGUAGCUAAAGUUGCCACCUACUCAGCUCCAGUCGCUCACACUUACUCUGUUGCCCCAGCCGUCCAAACAUACUCUGCACCCAUCGCUCACACCUACGCUGCUGCCCCUGUAGCCUACGCCACCCCAAUUGCCAAGACCAUCGUUGCCGAACCUGAGGCACCAGCCAACUACGAUUUUGGAUACUCCGUCAACGACCCCCACACCGGAGACGUCAAAUCUCAACAAGAAUCUCGCCACGGUGAUGCCGUUCAAGGAAGCUACUCCCUCAUCGAAGCUGACGGAAGCAAACGUACUGUGGAAUACACUGCUGAUGCCCAUAACGGAUUCAACGCUGUCGUACACAAAGAACCAGCAACCGUAGCUGUCAAAACCGGCGUUCCAGUCGUAGCCAAAUACGCCGCCCCUGUAGCCUAUGCUGCUUCUCCACUCCUGACCAAAACCAUCUCCUACGCCGCUGCCCCAGCAACUUACUACCAUAUUCGUACCAUGGCAUUCAAAUUCGUUAGCUUCGCCGCCCUUUUGGCUGUUGUCCGCGCCGGAGUUCCCUUGGGAUACGCCGCUGCCCCAGCUGUAUCCUACUCCAGCAUUUCUGCUCCAGUGGCCCACUACGCAGCCCCAGCGAUCGCCAAAGUUGCAACCUACUCAGCAGCACCAGCAGUCUCAUACUCAAGCAUCUCAGCUCCAGUAUCCCACUACUCCUACGUUCCAGCUGUAGCUAAAGUUGCCACCUACUCAGCUCCAGUCGCUCACACUUACUCUGUUGCUCCAGCCGUCCAAACAUACUCUGCACCCAUCGCUCACACCUACGCUGCUGCCCCUGUAGCUUACGCCACCCCAAUUGCCAAGACCAUCGUUGCCGAACCUGAGGCACCAGCCAACUACGACUUUGGAUACUCCGUCAACGACCCCCACACCGGAGACAGCAAAUCCCAACAAGAAUCACGUCACGGUGACUCCGUCCAAGGAAGUUACUCCCUCAUCGAAGCUGACGGAAGCAAACGUACUGUCGAAUACACCGCUGAUGCCCACAAUGGAUUCAACGCUGUUGUACACAAAGAACCAGCAACCGUAGCUGUCAAAACCGCCGUUCCAGUAGUAGCCAAAUACGCCACCCCUGUAGCCUAUGCUGCUUCCCCCCUCAUCACCAAGACUUACACCCCAACCCUCUCCUACGCUGCUGCACCAGCUGCUUACUACCACCAUUAAGUUAUUCGAAGUUAUGUUGUUGAUAAAGUGACAUUGUGUAAAUAAUAAUAUGUACUGUGGGAAUUGGGGCUUUAUAGUCCUGGAAACCA